AUGAUGAUGAUGAUGAUGCCCCACCCCACACAGCCGCCAAAGAAGAAGCUUUCCAAGAAGGAAAAGGCCCGCCUAGAGGCCGAGCAGGCAGAGCUGCUGCGCAUCGAAAUGGAAAAGGAAAAACUCAAGAAACUGGAGGAGGCGCGCCAGCGCAAAAAACUCGAGAUGGAGCAGGCAAAGCACCGCCAGCAGCAGGAGGUGGCCGAGAACCGUCAGCGCCGGGCACAGCUGAAGGACAGCAUGCUCUUCUUCGAGGCGGUGCGAACGGCCAUCGAAGCCAUCAGAGAUGGGGAGCGGCACGAGCGCGAUUGGGAGAAGUUUAUGCGCUGCAAUGGGCUGCCAAAUGCCGCCAGUCCGAGCGACCUGCGAAAGUACAUCCAUCAGUGGCACGCGGACAUCGCCCAGCGGCACAGGGAGGCACGCAACUGGCUGCUGCGGACAGACGAACGAACGCUGCUCACACAGGAUGCCCAGGUGGCGGAUCUGACGCGAAUCUCGCUGCGCCAACAGCAGGGACGACUGGGCGAUAUCUAUGCGCAUCGCAUCAAGGAGGUCCUGGGGAUUCUCAGCGAACUGGAUGAUAUGCUGCCCUUUAGACAGCGUUCCCCGCAUGUUGCGGCGGAUCUGGCGAAACUCAAGACGGAAAUGCGGGUAUUUCUCAGGCAGCACCUGGACGAGUUUACCUACAAGACUAUGUCCCAUAUUGAGCGGGAUAUGGAAAUCGAUAGACCUGGCGUCUCGAAGCACAUCUACAGCUCGGACGUCUUUCAGAGCUUUGUGUGGACCUUCUCCAAGGAUGCCCAGAUUGCAAUCAAUCCCAAGGCCCGCAUUGGAGAGCAGUCGACUCACAAUGAGAUCGAUUUCCCCACCAUUGAAAUGCAGAUCUCCCUGCCGCCAACAGUGCGACUCCAGAGCUCGGCGCUGCGGGGCCUGUGGCUCAACUACGACCACUUCAGUGACUACUGCAGCAGCUAUCGACUGAAGCACGCACGCUCCGAGAAUGCCAAUAUUUUGCGGCAAACGAAACGCGAGUGGCGUAAACGCAAGGAGAUACUCCAGGCGAUGCUGGACGAGUGCGGCAGGGACAUUCCGCUCUCGGAGCUGGAGCAACUCACGCAGGAGCAGCACUCGGCCAGCUCGCAGCCGCCGCGGGAGCGCACCUACGACGUGGACAAGCUCUAUGCGGAGUACGAGGAUGAGCUGAGUCGUGCCCAUCGGAGGGCGAUCGGACCCGAGGCUUAUGGCAUGCUCGAGACGGAUGUUAAUCUCCGCAAGUACCGCAUCAUUGGCGGCGUCUACUGCAUUGACUUCCUCGAGACGCCGCAGCAGGACAAGCAGCUCAAUGCGCACUCCUUCAUACGAACUAGUAGAGUAGAGAUUCCACCUCAACCACUUCUCUGUCCAUCUCUGACCCUCCAUUCCAUUCUUCUCCCUUCAACAGUUACGUGCGCCAAUAGUUUGGUGCUCAAGGAAUACUAUCAGACCUAUAAGCCGCCCCCUCCUGUGCUGCCCGGAGUGCGACGUCUGCCCGAGGAAAUUGAGGCGGAGAUGAGGAUGAUCGAGUCCGCUCUGGACAAGCUGGCGCUGGUCACUCUGCAGCUGCCCGAUUCGGUGAUUUGGUUCGAGCCCCCGGUCGCCUGCCGCUGGGAGACGCACAUCGAGACCCUCGAAAUGGAACUCGCUGAUGGCAUGAAGCCGCAACCGCCUGCCCCAACGGAAGCAGAGGCGGAAGCCAAUGGAACUGCCGGUGCCGCGGCAGCUGCCAUCACAGCCACACCCACAGAAGCGACACCCCUCUCGACCAACGCCCAACCGAGUCCGCUGAAGAGUUCGCCCCGCUGUCCGGCGUCGCGCCUGCGCCCUCCGAAGUCGUCGUCGGACCUACAGCAGACGCUGCGCGAGAUCACGGACUUUGACCUGAGGGUCAUACCCAGCGACGUGGACCUGUACGGGCUGGUCAAGGACUUUGUGGUGCCACGCCUGCCCCAGGGCUUCUGCGUGCGCCUCGAGGCAACCACCCCGGCGGAGUCCGGCUCGGGGCUGCGGCGCCGCCGGGUGAUGUUUCUCGCCCGCCAGACGCACGUGCGGCUGGGUCAGGGCCAAGGGGCAGCGGGUGGAGUUCCAGAGAACAUGGGAGAUCCAUCGACGGAUCAACUGCAGAUGGGACUGGGACUGGGAAUCGGAGCGGAUUUCCUCGACACUGAGGAGCCGGCGGAGAUGUUUCCGCCGCUGUGCUUCGAUAAGCUGCUAAAAUUCCGGCAGACAGCCCCGACCCCUGUGCUGCCGCAGGGCUACCUCUUCUCGCAGCUCAUCGAGGACAUGGACCGGCUGUGGCGCCUCCAGCUGCCGCGCGAGCAGCAAGAGGAGCUCAUCCAGCAGAUCUCCGAGCAGCUCUCGCCCACAGGCUCUGCGGGCAGCGAGGCGGGCGAGCAGCAGCAGCAUGACCUGGAGGACGAUCCCAUACAGCCACUCAGCCAGGAGCUGGUGGAUGUCCUGCAGCCAGCAGCAGCGGCCGCCGCCUUUGCCUACUACACGGGCAUCUCCUUUGUGCGCGACUCCCAGCUGCCGAACGAGGCGGAGGAGGAGGCUCGCAAGCAGCCAUCAGAUGGCCUGGACAGCAGCGAGGAUGACGACGAGGACGUCGACAGUCUGUUGGAGCUGCUCGAAGGCGCCUCCACCGCGGCCAACACCCUCCACGAGCUACUGGCCUCCGGCGCUGGGCAGAGUCAGACUCAGAGCGAGAACAGCGAUAGCGAGAUGCGCAAACAGAAGCUCAGCAGCACAGCGGCCAUUACUCAGGGCAAGUGGAGCACUCGCGAUGUCCACGACACAAAGUUCAAUGAAGACAAGCUCUCGAUUCAGUUUCGCACAGGACGAUUGGGGAUCUUUGGGUUCGCCUUGAACAAAUACAGCAACAUGCCCUACCAGACCUGGGACCUGCGACCGGACAUGAAAAAUCCUGGCACCAUCCUCUUCAGCUUCACGGCAUCGCUGAUCAGCCUGGACAUGACCAUCACCGAGGCGGGGUACACAGUGAACAAUUUCCAGGGCGGCAGCACCCAGGGCCUCACCGAGAUGAUCGGCAAAACGAUGUCACUGUCGGAGCUGAAGGCCACACUGAUCCUCUCCGCGGUGGACAUUUUCCCCGAUGAGGAUGCCUUCUGCUACACGGAGGGCUCCUGCGAGAAGAACUACGUGAUGGAGAUGCACUGUUACGCCUGCCUCUCGACCCUCGCCCAAUCGCACAACUUCAGCUGGUCGCGCUGGAACCUCCUGGCAGGCUCCCGGACGGCCGUCCUCCUCGUUCGCGAGCUGAUCGAGGGCAAGAAGGUGCCCUACUAUUCCACGCUACUGGUCACACCGCUCAAGACCUCGAUCAUCGACUGCACCGAGGUAUCGGCCAGCUUCAAUUCGGUGGGCAUUGCCGGCAUGGAGUACUAUGCCGAUCUCUAUCAGCUCUCCCAGGCCCAUGCCCAGCCGGUGAGUCUCGAGAAGCAGCGCACGAUGAGUCCUGUGCUCCGAGAUAGCGUCGCUAAGAUUCUGAUGGCCAUCCGGCCAUUGAGUCUCUGUUGAGUAUACAUUUCAGGAGAGAGAUACACAUAUCUUAUAUAAGGCUACGGGCGUUUGUACGUGGAAACAUGUGAGAGAUUAAAACCAAUCUAAAGA